AUGCAGGUCAAGUCCUCGAUCCUCUUUUCCUGCUUCAUUGCGCUAGCCUAUGCUGCGUAUCCCAACCCCCUUCCCGGUACAUCCGACGUUCACAUCAGAGAUCCGUCUAUAGUAUACAAUGCGGACCUUAAGACGUACUAUCUGUUCGGCACGGGAAAGCACUUGCCCUACUAUAGUAGCAAGAACUUGACAGGUCCAUACAAGCGCGUUGGACAGGUGCUUCCGAACUGCUCUUCUAUCGACCUGCCAUCGUCUUGUAUGAACUGGGCGCCCGACGUCGCCCUCGUCAAUGGGCAGUAUGUCCUUUACUACUCGCUGCCGCACAGUGGUUUCCAGAGCUACUCAGCCGUCGGUCUUGCGACCAGCCCUUCGAUGAAGCCAGGGACCUGGGAGGACCACGGCCUGAUCCAGCACGGCAAUGAUGCCAGCGAUGGUGGGAAUGAUACUUUCCAUACCAGUACGUUCUUCUCAAUCGAUGCCAAUCUUAUUGAGACGCCUUCGGGCUUGACACUCACCUAUGGGUCGUACCUAGGAGGAAUAUUCCAGCGCAGUGGGCUCCUUUCCCCAGUGCACGACGCCCAUAACCUCAUACACCUUGUAGAUAUGAGCAGCGUGCACGAUGUAGCUGAUCCGUCUAAAAUGCCUGGCAAGCACCUCGCCGGCGGGGGCAACCGCCCGUGCGAGGGCGCCUUCGUCUACCACAAGAACGACUGGUUCUAUCUUUUCGUCUCGUACGGUAUAACCAUAGUCGACCCUAAUCAUCCCGUGGCCAAAAAUCGCGAGUAUCAUGUCACCGUCGGGCGCUCGAAGUCCGUCAGCGGCCCCUUCCUCGACAAGAACGGGACGGACAUGGUCAAGGUGGCGAACGGCACUGUCGUCCUCAAGACGCACGACAAUGUCUAUGUGCCUGGUGGGCAGAGCAUCUUCCUCGACCCCGUCAGUAAGCGCGACGUGAUGGUCUACCACUACGUCCCUCACAGCAAUCUCUCGGCGCCGACGAACUUGGGAAUCAACUUCCUGGAUUUUGCGUCAGGGUGGCCCGUUCUAGUUGAGUGA